AUGUACUGGCGCGUCGGGUUUGCCUGGACGCGGUCUUGUGUGGUCGAUCUUAGCCAGAACCAGAGCUUCUCCUCCGGCCUGCUGGGCUCCGAUGAGCAGCUCUCGUUUUAUGGGUACAUCGUCGCCUACCCUCUGCAGGACUACGGCGGGAUCAUGUCAGCUCUGGGCUCGGACUCGUGGUGGAGGAAGACGCUGUAUUUGACCGGAGGGGCUCUGCUCGCUGCUGCUGCUUAUCUGCUGCACGAAUUGAUGGCAAUCAGAAAAGAUGAAGAGCUGGACUCCAAAGAUGCCAUCAUACUUCACCAGUUCUCCAGGCCCAAAACUGGUGUCCCGUCCUUGUCCCCUUUCUGCCUUAAGAUGGAGACGUACCUCCGUAUGGUUGACCUGCCCUACAAGAACUACUUUGAUGGGAAGCUUUCCCCACAGGGAAAGAUGCCGUGGAUUGAAUACAACCAGGAGCUGGUGUGUGGUUCGGAGUUCAUCAUCGACUUCCUGGAGGAGAGGCUGGGCGUGAGCCUCAACAUGAGCCUGACGCCACAGGAGAAGGCCGUGUCUCGCGCCAUCACCAAAAUGGUGGAGGAGCAUUUCUACUGGACCAUAGCAUACUGUCAGUGGGUGGACAACCUGGAGGAGACCCAGAAGAUGCUGUCUGUGAGCGGGCCGCUGAGUGACCUGCUCAAGUGGAUCCUGAGUCACCUGACGGGUGGAAUCGUCAAGAGGGAGAUGUAUGGACACGGGAUCGGACGUUUCUCUGAAGAGGAGGUUUACUCCCUGAUGGAGAAGGACAUGCGCACCCUGGCCACUCUACUAGGUGAUAAGAAGUAUCUUAUGGGCUCAAAGCUUUCAACAGUAGACGCCGCAGUGUUCAGUCACCUGGCUCCUGCUAUGUGGACGCUACCAGGAACCCGGCCGGAGCAGCUAAUCAAAGGUGAGCUCAUCAACCUGGCCAUGUACUGCGAGCGCAUCCGCCGGCGGUUCUGGCCCGAGUGGUUCGUGGACCUGGAGGACUUCUGCUACAGCGACACCACAGAGGGCAGCGACUCGCGCUCUAGACUCCCCGAUUUGGGCCUCUACUCCGGCACAGACACUUUCCAGGACGAUACGCACACGCACACCUCGUACACGCACACGCCGAAGGACCCUAUGUCGCCCGACAGCGACCCCACAGGUCACUCGCUGUAUGACUCUGACAUGGACACGGAGUGCUCUGAAAUGGACCAGCUCAAGUGUUGACAAAACAUGCAGGUGUAGUAGGCUACUCACCACAUAAGCGCACAGCACGGGAGGGAGCAGCACCCCACCUGUACACACACA